CGGGGCCUCGCGGUGCGUACCCUUGCUAGCAUCGAGCUAGCACAUAGCUAGCACCGAGUUAGCUACUUGGCUAACUUGCGACAACCUGUUUGACGGAGCGCUCCGGCGCGUCCCCCUCGUGCUGCGGCUAGCGGCGGGGGCCGGACCCCGGGCUGGUGGUAGAACUGUAGACGUCUAAAUGUCGGCACUUCGUGUGUAGACUUGUUGGAUGCACGGGUCUCUACAUUUAGACGUGUUAAGUCUUGUCUGGUGCCGUUCGACUUGUGUAAACCAGACGGGUUCCUGCGCGUUCUGUCACCGCAGACUCGCUCCAACACCUCACGGUUCAUCUCCCUUAUGUUCCGGCACAGAACCGUCUCCAUGUUAAAUCUCCUGGCCUUCAAAUUGCUUUAAAUGCGAAUACCUGCAGUGUAUGUCCUAGUUUUGGAAAAAUGUACCAAAAAAUGACGUUAGUUGGAUUGGGUCUUCAUGGUAAUAGACUGACAGACCGCCUGGUUGUGAGACAGUCUCUGUAAAGACAGACGGGUCUGGCUGUGAGGCGGGCCAUUCUGGCUGUGAGACACGACUCCUUCUGUACAGAAAGACGGGUCUGGCAGUGACACAGACCGCCUGGCAGUGAGACAGACCGUCUGUCUGCUUACGCAACCUCCCGGUAAGAGUGUCUGGAAGGGCAUUAGCGCCCAUUUUUAGCACAUGUUGUCCCGGCCAGAGUCGGCCCGGGUUAAAUAACGUCACCUCGACCUUACUUCAUGGAGACCGCCGUGGUCUAUCGGACGGGUAUGUCCUGCUUAUGGACCCGGCACGGCGCUACAUGGAUGUAGUUUUCAACGAAUGAGGAAGGGUGUGCAGCCCGACUUCAUGCUGCUCGCCAUGUGCUCUUUCCUGGUUCCCCUCGCUGCUCCAUAAAAGGGCAAACCGGAGUGACGUGUAGCAGACCAACGCAAACCGAGAUGGAGUCAUUUCACCCCAACGAAAAGGAAACAGAUAAUGUCACCACCAAGGGAGGAGGCCUGAACCCCAACGCUAAAGUGUGGCAGGAGAUCCCCGCCCCCCAGAACGGGCUCCCGGCGGGGGGACCGGAGGAGCCGGGCUGGCUGCAGCCCACCUCGCCCUCAGGAGAGGGGCCUGAAGCUUUCUCUGAGGUGGCGUUCUCUGAUGACAAGGGCUACAGCACGGAGUACUCGGACACCUCCGAUGGCGUCCCGGCGCUGGCCGUGGAAGGCCUCACCAACGGGGCGGCCGAGCCGCUGGACUUCGGGUACCCCCUGUUCGACACCCCGGGGGGCGGCCUGGCCGACGCGGAGCUGGUCAAGGAGGAGCCUAUGUCUGAGGAGAACCUCAGGGAGUCUCUGAAGAAGCAGCUGGAGUUCUGCUUCUCCAGAGAGAACCUCUGUAAGGACCUUUACCUGAUGUCCCAGAUGGACAGCGACCAGUUUGUUCCGGUGUGGACCCUGGCCUGCAUGGAGGACAUCAAGGUGCUCACCACGGACUCUGAGCUCAUCCUGGAGGUUCUUAAAGCCUCUCCCAUGCUGGAGGUGGACGAGGCCGGAGAGAAGGUCCGACCCAAUCACAAGCGCUGUAUCAUCAUCCUGAGGGAGGUGCCGGAGACCACCCCGGUGGAGGAGGUGGAGGCUCUGUUCAAGAGUGACAGCUGUCCAAAAGUCAUCAGCGUGGAGUUCGCCCACAACAGCAACUGGUACAUCACGUUCCAGUCGGACACGGACGCGCAGCAGGCUUACAAAUACCUCCGGGAAGAGGUGAAAAUGUUCCAGGGAAAACCCAUCAUGGCUCGCAUCAAAGCCAUCAGCGCGUUCUUCGCCAACAACGGCUUCCGCAGCGUGGACUCGAGCGCGUUCAGCCGGUCCCCCGCGGCGUCGCAGCCGGCCUUCAACUCGCCCCUCUACAUGCAGCCGGUGUACAGCCCCCAGCAGCAGCAGUACCCCGUCUACCCGCUGGUCACGCCCUCAUGGAACCAGUCGGCCACGCCCUACUUCGAGACGCCGCUGGCCCCAUUCCCCAACAGCGGGUUUGCGAACAGCUACAACGGCUCCGCCCCCUACAAAGGGUCCGGCAGCGCCCCCGCGGGUCGGACCUUCAACCGGAGCCGCCUCCAGGGGAAGAGCCACCCCAGGCCGGGGGCCCUGCCCGCUCUGAUCCCAGGGCUCUCCAGGGACGGGGGGUCUGCCCCCACCAGCCCCCUGCUCCCCCAGACCCCGGGGGCCGCCGGGGCCCCCCCCCAGGAGGCGGUGGUGAUGCCCAGCCUCCACAUGAGGGACCUGCCUCCAGGCGACAUGGGCCUGGCCGGCCGUGGGAGGCGAGGCGGUUCCAGAGGCAUGAGGCGGAGACGGGAGGACGAUCGCACUCUGAGGCCGGUCCCGUUGAUCGAGGUGAAGCCGCCCGCGCCCAAGUUCGACCUGGCCUCCUCCAGCUUCCCCCCCCUGCCGGGCUGCGUGGUCACCAGCACCCAGGAGGAGGCGGUCCCCGAGACGCGGCUGUCCGACGUGGUGCGGGGCCGCUGGGGGCCCGACAAGGCGGAGAACAAGGAGGAGAGGAGGGAGGCCCGGCCGCCCAAAGCCCCUGAAGCCGCCGUCGCCCCCCCCGCGGCGGUACCUGCUGCCGUGGUCCCCGUACCAGCCCCCGCCACGCCCCUCAUAGUGGCCACGCCCGUCCUGAGUGUUUCUCAGCCAACCAAGACGCCCCCCAAAACCAAGAGUCCCCCGGAGACUGCGGAGCCUGCUCCUCCCCAGGAGCUGGUCCCCGUCCCCGGCCCGGUUCAGGCCCCGGUCCCGGUCCCGGUCCAGGCCCCCACCGAGUCCGGGUCUCCGCCCGCUGCAGAACCUGUUCCCGACAAAGAGACCACCUGCCGCUUCCCCGGGUCCCCCGCUACAGCCCCCACCCCCACACAGAGCCUGGUCCUGGAGUCCAGGAAGCUGAGCUACGCCGCCGUGUGCCAGCUGCCCGCCAAGGAGCUUCCCGCCCGGCCGCCCUCGCCAACCUCCUCCCCCGACCCCGAGGCCACCCAACCGCUGCGGGAGCUGGGGGUCAACAAGGCGGAGGACCCCCGGACCCCGUCCAACCAGAGCGCCGGACGGGGGGCCGAGAAACCCGGGGAGGUGCGGGCCCCUCGCGAGCCCCUGGGCUCCUACCGCGGGGUCAGCGGGCCCCCCAGGGCCUCGGGCCUGAAGGGCCGGGAGCGCCCCCGUGCCCCCCCUCCCGGGAGACGCGUGGCCCCCCAGGGGGCCCCCCGACACAGCGGCAAGGAGCAGAACAUUCCCCCCCGGUCCCCCAAAUAGGAGGGCUGCUGCCGCUCCCUCAUGAACUCAGAGACGAUGUGUAUCUAUAUGUAUAAAGAGAGAAAUAUAUAUUAUGGGGUUCUUCAAGAGGAACCCCACGACCCUGAGGGCGCAUUCAGACCAGGUCACACCGCUGUGGGUUCACGUUGUGAACUUUGACCUCUCCCUCGAGCAGGGUUACGGCUCUGGACGACACGGCGGCCAUCGGUCUCUCUUCCACCUUCCCUGCUGCUCGGUAAACGGCAGAAGGCUACGAUGCUAACGCUACAUGGUAAACAAGGUUCUUCUUUUCUGCCUGUAUGCGAUUGGCAGCGGUGGCUUGAUGUCUGGUUGCGUUUCUCCAAAGGUUGAUUCCGUCUCGACUCUUCGCCACAGGCGGUGUCUUUCUUCGCAGCCCCCCCCCCCCCCCCCCCCCCCUUCAGAUCAAGGGUUGAACUGGUCUGAGCAAGCCUUAAAGGUACGGCCACACUGAAAGCGUAUGCGCGUAACGCCCCUAACCUGACGCUUGAUCAUUGUGUGUCACAAAAAUGGUUCAACGCGCCUACGCAGCUAGAUGAGCCCGCCCAGCGGAGUUGUCUUGCUUCGCCCUGAAGGGGCUUAUUUUCAAUUAAUGACUGGCGACGUUCUAUACAUUAUCCUGCUUAUUACACGGCUACUUGCCAAAACGAAAAAAUAACGGUCCGCUGAGGUCUGAGAAAUGGUCUGCCAAAGACGUUGACGUCGCUUAGCAACCGAAGACACUGGGGUUCCCAAGUUACCGGACUGCUACCCAUGCUAGUGAACGGAGCGUUCCACGGCAUUGAGAAGGCCAGUGUAAUAAAGGCCUAUAAUAUUUCUGUUUAUGGCAUGGAUUUCUCCUCAGAUCAAAGGCCCGGCCCGAGGAUAGUGGUGGGAAAUAUAGGCCAGACACGGACCGCGGGUCGGCUCGGGCUCGGGCAGAGAAUCUAAACUCUAGUGCAUGACAUCCCCCGUAGGCGCUCACAGCUUGGUGAGUUCCACCACCUCCUCAUCGUUUCAGCACACACUGAAACGAUGACUUGGUCGUCCAUGUUCUUUCUGCUUCUGUGCGUCCUCCGUCUCUCUCCCAGUGACAUCGGGUCAAGCUAAACGCUGAUUGGCUAUCGCGGCUAAGUGUCACACGUAGGCGCGUCAAAAGUUCAAUUUUUUUUAACUCUGCGCGUUAGUGCGUUGGGCGCGUUAUUUAGGUGUGUAAAACGCGCCUAACGCGCUGCUUUAGCGUGUGUAACGCAUCUACGCGCCUAAACCAAUGGUUCCCUAUGCAAAAAUGCUGAUUUUCAACGCCUCUUAACGCGCGUAACGAGUUCAUUGUGGCCGUACCUUAAGGCUGUACCAGAUCCGGCCUUUGGAACCCCUUCCUGUUGGUGGAACAGUUUUCAAGAUAACCAAUAUGGCCCUAAUCUCCUAGUAGAUGCUAGGAGUCAAGUGUUGUAUAUCUACAUAGCUAUAUAUAAUCUGAUUUUAACGAGAAAUGUAUGUGAGCAACAAAUAAUUUUUGUUGGAAACAAAUCAAAGUACAGCUGAGAUAGCCGUAGGAAAAGUAUGAUGUUGUACAA